AUGAAAUUUACUAAACCAUUAUUAUUAUUAAUUGUAGCAAUUAUUGCUUCUUCAAAUGCAGCUGAAACUUUCUCAAAUUUUCAAGUUACAAAUUCAGAUGCCAGCUCUCCAUGUGUAACAACACCAGUUGAAUUAAAGGUUAAUACUUGCCAAUCUGCUUGUGGUUCAAUUCUUAAUGUAUUACCAGUAACUGGUUCUACCUCAAAGUUUACAUUUAAUCAAUUUGGUGCUCAAGAUACAAAAUGUGCUGCAACUCCUACUUCUUCAAAUGAAUUUACUUGUGUAGAUGGUAAAUCAAAAGUUGCAAUUGGUACUACAACAUACUCAGUUGUUUGUGUUCCAGACAAAACAAACUCUUCAGAGUCUGACUCUUCUGAUUCUACAAGAAUUGGUGCUAGUUUUGCUCUUUUUGCCCUUGCUUUACUCUCAAUGUUAGCUUUAUAA